GCAUGCGCUUAAUGAUGACGUUGUCCAUCCCGUAGCCUGGUUGUCAAGCAAAACAAUUGUGUUAGCAACAGAGGGGCGAAGUUAGUGAUUCGACUCUUUCCAAGCAGCCAGUACGCGGCAGUAUUAACAGAAUGUCAGCUUCUUUAUAUCCCAACCUCCCUAAUGGUCCUGUCCAGCGAAGGGAACAGUUCUGCUGGGGACGUGCAACUAAUGAAAACUCCUAUUCCAGCAAAACUCUUAUGGGCAAUUGGAACCAGGAACACUUUGACCUGUGUCAUUUAGAGAAAAGGAAGCCUCUGCCAUCACAGUAUGAUCACUAUUACCAAAGUUCCUACUCGUCUUCAUACAACAAGAUGAAAACUGGGUCACAUGCUGUCAAAAGGGAGCCUCAUGUUUUCCCAGGACAUCAACCUGAAUUAGACUCACUGGACUCCAAACCUCUGCAGAAGUCUUGCUACAUGCUAGAUUAUUGUCAUCCGUUACAUGCCCCAUUUGAAGAGCCAGAGAAGAAAUGAAACUGCCUUAUAUUUUUAAGAACUUCAUAAAAUGAAUGAGAGUCAGUAGCGAAAAGACUGUCCCUAACAAUCCAAAAUAAUAAUGAUAAAACUAAUAAUAAAAUAUGUUCAAAUAUUA